AUGAGAGUUGCUCUGCUAGCUGUGGUGACACUCACUACAGUGGCGGUCCUUGUCGGAGCUGCCGAUCCUGAAUGCGUCUACCGCAAAUUGCGUGGUCUGUCGCCCCACUGGCCGAACCCCACGAGCUGCUCCAGCUAUUACCGCUGCUCGGCCAAGGGCACUGUACGGGCUCUGACCUGUCCAGCCGGAAAAGAAUACAACCCCAAGAACGGCAAGUGUGCCACCGCCGGACGAGGACUCUGCAAACUGAGCUUUGUGGCUCCCCUGUCCGUGGCAACAAACGUUUGCACUGACGAGGUGACCGGAGCAUUUCUGCCAAAGAGCGGGUUCUGCGGUGAAUACUACAUCUGUGACGACCAACAGGCAUACGCCCAGAAGUGCUCCGCCGGCAGCGUUUUCAACAACACGCUUGGAGUCUGCAUUCCGGAUACUGAGAAGACCUGCUGGCAGAACCUAUGCGUGGGAGAACCCGAUGGCUCACUUCCGACCAACGACGAUUUAUGUGCCAACUACUACUCAUGCUUAGAUGGUGUGACCACAUUAGAGAAGUGCCCCCUGAAUUCCUACUUCGACGACAGCCUGAAGGUUUGCACCGCCGACACAGACUCCAUCUGCUGGCAGAACUUCUGCGUUGGAAAGGCAGAUGGCUCAGCCGUCGCUGACAAGACCAACUGCUCCGUGUUUUACGUCUGCUCCAGCGACAGCGCGACCAUCCAGAACUGCCCGGUCGGCAGUAUCUUUAACGCCGAUGGCUGGAACUGUCAACCCGGCAAAUGCGAUGACACCACCACAGUGGAGCCUUGCGAUGAUGUGACGACUACAACCGAACCCUGCGAUGAUGUGACGACCACAACCGAACCUUGUGAUGAGGUGACGACCACAACGGAACCCUGCGAUGAGGUGACGACCGUAACAGAACCCACCACCGGCUGUGAUUGUGCUGAUAAUGUGAAGAACGGUGAACUCGUUGCCAACGAACAGAAUUGCCGACUGUAUAACAUCUGCGUGGACGGCGUCCUGAUCUCCGGAGAUUGUGGCAAGGGAAACUUCUUCAACGUCAACCUCAGUGUGUGCCAGAUCGAUUCUGAAAAUGAGUGUCCCGAUAGCUCUGAGGCGGAGUGCAAAGACGAUGAGAAGCUGGUAGAUGCUCAGAACUGCGCAAAGUACUACGAGUGCCGGAAUGGAGUCUGGCAGUCAGCAAGCUGCGUCAAUGGCAGCUACUUCAACACCACAUUAUCCGUUUGCACAAUAGACUCCGAAAAUGUGUGUGUGAAUUCUUCCACUGACGAGUGCAACGUGAGCGAUCCGGCCGCAAGCGGCUCGAACUGCUGGAGCUACCAGACGUGCAUUAACGGCAGGUGGCAGGAGGAGAACUGCAGCAAAGAUUACUACUUCGACCCGGCCGUAGGUAUCUGCAAAGCUGACGAGGGUGCUGUCUGUCCCGAAAACAAGUCAUUCUACAGCAUCAGACCCCCCAUCGGCAACACCAGCCUCAUCGUCAGCCAACGCGCUAGGCGCAGUGUGGAGUCGGAGAACAACGAAGAGGCCCCCUGCUGUCCUGGAGGCAUUGCACAAGGCUCCAUUGUGUGCCAUCCCACCGACUGUGGCAAGUACCUGAUUUGCGAGAAUGGUGAGAUGGUCGAGGGCAGCUGUGGCGUGGGAAAUGUGGUGAAGGACGGUGUCUGCGUGCCCGACACAGGCGCCACUUGCUGGGUGUGUGCCAACAAACCCAACGGCUACCAACUUCCCAACCCGGAUGACUGCACAAGCUACUUCAGAUGCUACAACGGCCUGGCCUCCCAGCACUCGUGUGCCGCUGGCGAGUGGUACAAUGGAGAGAUAUGCGAGAUUGAUGUCACCGCGCAAUGCAUCAACCCCUGUACCUGCGCCUCUGGAGCCGUGCCCCACCCAAUCUGCACAAAGUACUACCUCUGCACCGACGGAGUGGCCCAAGUGGUGGACUGUGCAGUCGGCGAGGCAUUCAAUAAUGUCACAGGACUGUGCUCCGCCGCAACGAAAUGUGAUGCAAAGCUGUGUGCCACGGCGGCCGACGAUACGACCUACCCAGUAGCUGGAGACACCAGCAAGUUCUACAUGUGCCUUAACAAGGAGGCUACCAUCGUAUCCUGUCAGUCCAACACCGCCUUUGAUUCGACCUACGGGAUAUGUCAGCCCAUACCCAGUGUGGACUGCGAUCAAGCCACCUGUCAGGGUGCUGCUGAGUCUCUGACAUACCCGUCUCUAAAUUGCGACAGCUCAAGCUUUUGCAUCUGCAUGGGCGAUGGUGGUUACCUCAUGUCCUGCAACGAAGGCUAUGUCUACAACGCCGCAGAUGCCUUUUGUGAAUUUACUGGAGAGUGCGAUCCCGCGUCCUGUGUCGGUAAUCCGGAGUACUGGAUUUCCCCCAAUUACCAAGACGCGAACAGCUUCUGUUUGUGCCGCAAUGAACAGCCCGUGCCGGUGCCCUGCCCCAUUGGAUAUACCUUCAGCAGUGAUGAUCUUCUGUGCGUCCUCAUCCCUCAGCCUGACCCGAGAUGCGAUCCCAAUGGUUGCUCGUGCAAAACAGACUUUGAUACGAUUCCAGCUUUGAACACCGACGCUGGAUUCUGUGUAUGCGUGGACAAGCUGCCAUCGUAUAACAGCUGCCCUGCAAACACAGUGUACAACCAGGAAGACAAGGCGUGUUUAGCCCCUGAAGUAAGUACCUUCCAGCACUCUGGAAGACCUCCCCAGAUCAUCUGUUCACCCCAAUAUCCUUAGGUAACCUGCACACCUAACGUUUGCGAGGCGACGAAAUGCGACAAUCUGGAGGACUAUCAAACAUUUCCCGCUCCGGACACAUCUGGCUUCUGCUACUGCAGGGACUCCUGUCCCAUCUACGAAGCCUGCUUGGGUAACCAGGUGUACGACACGUUGUUUGGGAUCUGCACAACGCCAGAGGAUCCCUGUGCCACUAUACACUGUGACGCCAACCAAUGCGACUUACUCCCGGCGUACGACCCAUUCAAGCCAGAGGGCGAUCUAACAGGAUUCUGCUAUUGUGAGGACGGACUUCCCAACUACCUUGAUUGCGCCGAGGGCGAGAUCUUUGACUGGGACCUAAAGAUAUGCCAGCCGCCCAAGGUUGACUCCAGCUGCCUGUGCGAUGCAUCCAAGUGCACGGCGAGUAUGCCUGAUUUUAAGCCGUUCCCCCCCAAAACGGACAGCGAUGAUGCCGGUUUAUGCUAUUGCGAUAAUGGCGAAGUUAUCUACGACACGUGCAGCACGGGAAUGGUUUUCGACGCGGCACAGGAGAUUUGCGUCAUACCCUCGGCACCAUGCUCCGUGUGCGAGAUCGGGAAAUGCGACACUUUGGCCGAUUUAUCCACCUUUGCGGCCCUGAACACAACCGCAGGCUUCUGCUUGUGCAUGUCCGGAAGUCAGGUCUUUGAGGCAUGCGAGAAUGGCACAGAGUAUGAUGUCGCUCACGGCGCCUGUCUGAGCCCAUCAUCCAAAAUUGUCGCCAAUUCUGCUUGUGACGUGACCCAAUGCGCCAAACACGGGCAGUUCUCGAAAUUUUCGGCCAGAAACACGACCAGUGGAUACUGCAGUUGCGAGGAUGUCGGCGCCACCACCUACCACAGCUGCGAGAACGGAGAGCUCUUUGACGAGGACCUGGCCGCCUGCACGAUUGAGGCGUGCGACUCUCGCCAAUGCAGAGGUCGCGCCCAGUUUGAACCGUUCGAGGCGAGGAACACCAGUGCGGGAUUCUGCAGCUGUGAUGGAGUCGCCACCUACCAUCACUGUGACGAAGGACACGUCUUCGAUGUUUCCCAGGGCCUGUGCACAUUAAAAGGUGUCAUCGGCAACAUUGCCUGCAACUUGCUAGAGUGCCAGAAGCGGGCUCGCUAUGAGCCCUUCGCGGCUCAGAACACCAAAUCCGGAUUCUGCUCGUGCGACGGCUCGGACGGAGUCAGUGUCACCUUCCAUGCCUGCUCGAUCGGCCAGAUUUUCGCCCCCGAGCUGGGAAUGUGCGCAGAUCAUGUCAUCCAGAAGCGCUCACUGGAGGCGCAGGAAAAACUUGCCUGCGGGUUGGAUGAAAAGCGCUCAGUCCCAGCGAACUGCUCCCAGUACGAGAUCUGCGUGGAGGGGCACUGGCGACGACACAUCUGCUCCGAUCAGCGUUACUACAACCCAGAGCAGCAACGCUGCCUAGAGCCAAGGGACGACAUGGUUUGUGCCUAUGCGCGGGUCACGUAUCUUCCCCCCUGCACCAACCGCAGCGAGGCCCAAACGAUGUCCACCAGAAAUGGCAGCUGCCAACAGUACUUCCGGUGCGCAAGCAGCAAGUGGCGCCUUCGUAACUGUCCCAAGCAGCACUACUAUUCUGCCCUGAUGGGUUCCUGCCUGCCGUUUCCGGCUACCGCAAAGGCAAACGAUCGGGACAUCUGCAACACAACAAUCACCAUAAAUCCGCCCAAGCAUUGCCAGCAUCUGUCCGUUCGUCCGUCUUUGGCAAGCUGUGACAGCUUCCUCAUGUGCCUGGACAACGUUUGGUGGCGGCACCAGUGUCCACUGGGAAUGUACUUCAGCCGCGACCGCAACUACUGUCUGCCAAACGAUGCCGACCAGUGUCCGCAGAAUACCACGACUUCUUGUGUUAGCGGCCAAAAAAGAGGCCUGAUUGGCAGCUGUAGCAUCUAUGACCAAUGUUUGGACGGCCAGUGGGUGCGGAUGCAUUGCCUGGAGGGACAACAGUUCGAGCCACUGCUCGGCUGCGUGCCCAGCGAUGGAAGGUGCCAGGCGAACGGAAUGCGCCGUAUCUGCCAUAAUCGGGAGCUACGGGCUCUGCCACUGAUCCCAGCGGACGGUGGGCAUUGUAUGCCAUUCUUCCACUACUGCGAGGGAGAGGAGUGGCUCCUGGGAAGCUGCCUUCGUGGCCAGCGAUUCGCCCCAGAACUGAACAGGUGUCAGGCCCAAGUCGAGUGCCAGGAGCAAGCUCAAGCUCUGACCCUUUCGGCUGCGGAGAGCAGCUGUUUGGGCCAACCAGAUGGCCUAAGCGUGCCUGAUGCCGAGGAUUGCACACGGUUUUACCUGUGCCUGCAGCAGCAGCCGGCUGUACUGCAGAGCUGUGCCUCCGGUAGCUUCUUCGACGCCGCUCAGGGAUACUGCAGACCCAACGAUGGCACCUGCCAGCUGGACGUCUGCUCAGGAGUAGAGGACGGCAGACUAGUGGCUCAUCCCGAGGACUGUCGUGCGUACUACAGCUGCUCCAGCCAGAACGGUACUCACCUCCACCAGUGCGAACAGGGACUGUACUUCCACAGCCUGCUCUCAUUGUGCCGCGUUGACCACGGCCAGUGCCAGACGGAAUCGGACCCUGGGGCGGAGGAAUCUGGCGGAAAGGUAUGUGCGGGGCUACACGGGGUGCGCCUGUCCCACGAGCUCUACUGCAACCUGUACUACGCGUGCGUGCGUGGCAUGGCGAUUCCAGUGGAGUGUCCCGCACGACAGCAGUUCAAUCCCGUCCUGGGGGCCUGUGAGCCGGAGUCGCAGGCAUUGGAGCAGUGCCAGAACGGACAGCUGGACGGUAACAGCAGCACCGUCUACAGCUGCGGUACCCUCCAAGAGGGGAGCUACCUGGCCAACCGAAGCGACUGCACGAGGUACUUCAUCUGUGCUGGUGGCAUUGCUGUAGCUCAGCGGUGUGCAACAGGGAGCUUCUUCGAUCCGGAACAGCUAUUGUGCGUGCAAGACGACGGCUCCUGUCCGUUCGUGGAGCAGUUGGACGAUGAUGAGGAGACAAAUAACCAGCAUGUGCCGCCGGAUCCACUGGUCUGCGAGGGAAAGCACGGCUACAUUCUACCGGAUCCGGCCAACUGCAAUAACUUCUACAUCUGCGUGUCUGGCAAGCUACGCCACGAGUGCUGCUACUCCGGCUUCUUCUUCAACGCUACGCUCCAGCAGUGCCAAACCUUGGAGCCAACCGGCGAUGUGGACUUGCAAACGGAGCUGCCCGGAAAUUUCUCAGUGCGGGAGCAAAGCGCGCAGAACAAGCAGUGCAACGACACACCCACGUCCUUCGACAGCCUGUGCAGCGUCAUUGGCAAUGGCACAUCCGUGGCAGAACAGGGCGACUGCCGGCGCUACACCAGCUGCGAGGAUGAUGUGGCUGUGUCCCAACGCUGCCGCAAUGGGGAGAGUUUCGACAGCCUCCUAAGGAUCUGUCGCCAGAGCGACGGCACUUGUCUCAUGGAGAACGGCGAGCGCGUAGGUGUCUGCAACGGAAAACAUGGCCAGUUGGCUCGCGAUGUUGACAACUGUCGCGGCUUUUUCAUGUGUGUGCACGGGCAGAAAAUCGAGGGCGACUGCGGACCGGGACUCUUCUUCAACAAGGCUACGAGCAGCUGCGAGCAGGAUAUCCUGCAACAGUGCAAAACCGAUGGAGAUGACUCGGUAAUUGUGACCGAUCCGAACUAG